AUGUGCCCUCUGAGGUUUAUCUUGGUGUUCUUCUCCGCCGUUCUGGCUGGUUAUUUUGCAUGGAAAACGUUGCGUUCUGACGCGAAGAUCGAGGUGUUUUCUGAGGAUUCUGCUGAAGAAGAGAAAUCAUCCAAGAAGGAAGAUUUUGAUUUCAAAAAGAUGAUUCAGAAUGGAUUUUGGGGUUUCGUUGACAUGGCCAGCGGGAGGUAUCUGUGGAGGAAUUUGAGGCCAACGAAUAAAGAGGGUGAAUUGAAGAGCUCUUAA